CGGGGCUUCACGCCCCCUGCCCUUUCCUUCUUGGUCAGGAUUUGAAUUUGGUGACACGGGGGGGAUUCACGCCCCCGGCAGCCAAACUCCUCCGGCACUCAGCUGGCGGGGGCAGACGGACCCCAUCCCAGUCCCCUGCCACCUCCUGAGUUUGGGGCACGCGUUUCAGCCCCGAGGACCGAGGCUGUCGGGGGUCCCCGAGGGACGCAGCCCGUGACGGUGCAGCGGCGGGAUGCACACCCCGGUCCCCGGGGCAGCCGGGGGGCUGCGGGGAGGUCCCGGCACGGCGGGAGAGCUGCUCGGGAGGUGGCGAGGAUGCUGCGGGGCUGAUUAUUCACAGCUUCCCUCGCCCCGAUUGGCUCCGCGGCGCCGAGCGCAGCCGGGCCCCGCUGCAGGAGGAGACUCCGUGGCCAUAAAAGCGGGUUGGGAGCCGGCGGGCGGCGAGUCCGGUGGGCACCCUGGGCACCGCCGCAGGGCCACCAGCCAACGUGGCCUUGCCACCACCACCGAUGACCGGCUCAGCCUGACAGCCAGGGAGGGACGCCCACCACCCACGACCCGUCCUGCAUCGGCGAAGCGGGUGCUCGGCGGGACGGGGAGCAGCGGCAGGCAGCGGCUGCGGGGUGAGAUGGCGCGGUGGGCGCUGGCGCUGGCCCUCUGCCUCUCCCUGGCCGUGGCGGCAUCCGCUGACUGCGUGACCCAGUGCUCCCUCUGCGCGGCCCAGACCCGCGGCACCGAGAGCAGCGUCCAGCCCCUGAUGUGCCUGUGGGAAUGCCAGGGCUCCUCGCCGCCCGGCCCCGAGUGGGAGACAUGCAGAAAGGCGCUGGCGCUCCUGGCCCCACUGGUGGCCCUGGCCGAAGGGACAGACCCGUCCCCUCACGAGGCAGAGGAGGAUGAGGCAGAGCUGGAAGAGGAGCUGGGUCCCGGGGAGCUGCCGCCGGCGCCGGUCAAGCGCUAUGGGGGCUUCAUGAAGAAGAUGACCAAGGGGAAGCUGCUCUCCCUGCUGCGCGAGAACGCCCACAGCAAGGGUGGCCUCAGCAAGAAGUUCGGGGGCUUCGGCCGCAAGCCGGGGGAGCGGGCGGCCCCCGAGGACUACCCGGGGCCAGCAGGCGAUGGGGACGAGGAGCCCACGGGUGCUGGGGCCAAGGGGCAGGAGCUGGCGGAGCUGCACAAGCGUUACGGCGGCUUCAUGCGCCGGAUCCGGCCCAAGCUCAAGUGGGACAAUCAAAAGCGCUACGGGGGCUUCCUGCGGCGGCAGUUCAAGGUGACCACGCGGUCGGAUGAGGACCCCAGCGCCUACUCAGGGGAGGUCUCGGACCUAUAGAGCCAGGCGUGGGACGGGCGGCACCACGGCCUCCACGCUGCCAGCCCGGACUGCGCCAUCCCCCCCCAGCCCCAUCCCCUGCCCAUCCCGGCAUCAUCCCUGCCUCAUCCCCCCAGGGUCCCCAUCGCCAGUUGUCCCUCUCUGGUUCACCCGCCCAUCCCUUAGGGACCCCGUGCAUUGAGAGGACAGUGCCACCCCUCCGGCUGCCGGCAGUGUGGCUGCGGGUCCAGCCCCAGGGCUCCUGGGGGCAAAUCGAGGGUGGUGGGGGGGAAACAUGUAUCCUGCACCCUCCCCUGGCUGCAGAAGCACAGCAGGGUUUGGAAACGAUCACAGAUGAUGAACGGGACGAUGGCCUCCGAGCACCAGGAAGGAUGAGCCAGGGCAGGAUGAGCCCCUCCGGGCUGGUGGAUGGCCCCGGUAGCCAGCACGGCCGUGGGAGAGGUGGCUGGGCAGGGCUGGCACUGUGGCACCAUCCCCGGGGCAGGCAGAUGGCCGAGCACCACCCCGACUCCCCUCCCCGAGCCGCUCGCCCUGUCCCACCCGUCCCAGCACCUGCCUGGUCCCCCCCAGGCUUCCCCCCCUCAAAGAACCACCCCCAAAGGCAGGGUCAGACCUGCGCCCCAGCCCCUGCUCCCCCCGCAGCCAAUAAAAGGCAGAUGCCAACGAA